AGGCGUGGCUCACCUGUAGUGACGUACCGCGCUGAGAAGGAAUGUGAUAUUCUGCUCAAAUCUUCUGAAAACAUGUCGAGUAACAGACACAGAUUGAUCUGACAUCUAUACAUCUGUCUGCAUGUCAUAUUAAACAGCCUCACAGUUUAUAAACCUGUGUCUGUUGUGGAAAGUGGACUCCUAGGAGCCUCAAGCCGAUGUUUCUGAAGUGACCAGCUGAAGAAGCAACCAGGUGCCAUGUCUCACAGACAGUCCAUGGAUGACCAAACUCUCCUUCUUUCGGAAAGCCGCUUCUCCUCCACCCUUAAGCUGGAACAACCGUCCGUACGUUCGACUUCCAACAUCGAUCUGUCCAGAGUGAGUUCGCCGGAGGAUGAGAGGAAACCUGUGGUUCUCAGUACACAAAGCGAAGCUUCCCGUAAGCUGGGCACGCAGCAGCUCAUUCCCAAAAACCUGGCGGUUUCCAGCCGCCCAAAACACCGCCAUCACACCACUGUGGUGACCCUGCCCGUCCCAGACGUGUCCUGGGAGGACUACGACAGCGACGGAAGUGACGGCUUCUCGCUGAGAAGAAACCGCCGAAAUCAAUCUUACCGGGCUGCGGUCACCAGUCUGAAUCUUGAUGCGUUCGAAGACAAACCUGAUCUUCUGGCGCCUGUUAGUGAGGAGAAGGUGGUCAGCACAAAACAACCAAACAAAGCAAAAUCAGUAAGCAAGAGAACAUUGGGCAGGAUAAGGAACAGAAAACAAACAGGAUCAUUUAAAGACGACCCACGCUUCUAUCAGGACAUCAAAGAGAGAGGUCUGAACAAUAACCUGAGCACAGAAGAGGAUGAGUUUUCUCCGACUGAACCUCCAGAUCCGGAUCAGGGCAUUGUGGUGAAGAACUACAGGGCAUCUUAUAUGACAUGGAGUCAGUUACAGCCGGUGAAGGAGAUGGGCAUUUUGGACAUCAUUACCCCUGAGGAACGCAAAAGACAAGAAGCCAUCUUUGAAAUCAUCACAUCAGAAUAUUCAUACCAGCACAGUCUCAGCAUCCUGGUCCGGCAUUUUAAAGACAACGCAGAGCUCAAGAAGACCAUGAACGCUACAGAACAUCAUCAUCUCUUCUCAAACAUUUCUGUCAUCCUGGAUGUCAGCAAACGAUUUUUUGAGGAGCUGGAGAAUCGUCACCACAAUCACCCUUUUAUCGAGGACAUCAGUGACAUCAUGCAGUCGCACGCCAUUCAACACUUCAGACCUUAUAUUGUCUACUGCUCGAAUGAGACCUUUCAGCAGAGAACCCUCCAGAAACUCCUCAUAAGUAACAGUGCAUUUCGAGAGACGCUGAAGCGGAUUGAAAGCAGUGAGGAGUGUGGCGGUCUGCCCAUGAUCUCUUUCCUCAUCUUACCCAUGCAGAGAGUGACCCGUCUGCCUCUACUGAUGGACACCAUCUGUCAGAAGACCCCUAAAGAUACACCAGCGUAUACAGAUGGCUGCUUGGCUUUAAAAGCUAUCAGUAAGCUGGUGAAGAGCUGUAAUGAUGGAGCCAGGAGGAUGGAGAGAACAGAGCAGAUGUACACCAUCCAGAAACAGAUGGAGUUUGGUAAAAUCAAGCCGUUCCCGCUGGUGUCGUCGUCCCGCUGGCUGAAGAAAAGUGGAGAGCUUGCUGUGUUCACCGAAGAUCUCAGCAUCUUCAAAAAGGCCUUCAGUUACAAGAGCUACUACCUGUUCCUCUUCAAUGAUGUGCUCAUCGUCACCAAGCGAAAGAGUGAGGAGAGUUAUGUUGUGUUGGACUACGCCACUGUGAAGAAUGUGAGUGUAGAAGAGGAGAUGAGCGACUCGAAAUUCAGUCUGAAGCUGCUGAUGAGUCCUAACAGUGAUGGGCGCACUGAUCACAUGACACUGGUGGCAGAAAGCAGACUGGACCGAGCCCGCUGGAUUACAGCCCUCAGUGAUCUCAAACAAAACAACCGCAUCUCUAAUAAUGGUGUUUCUUCAGAUUUGCCUCAGUGUGAAGCUACUAAAGCCUACAUGCCCAAAACCCCAGAUGAACUGAGUCUACAGCAGGCCGAGUUGGUCAUUGUGCUGCAGGAGGUGGACGAUUGGUGUCACGGAGAGCGGAUGAGAGACGGGGAGAGAGGCUGGUUUCCUGCUAACUGUGCCUCUCAGAUCACUAACCGCACAGCCAUGGAGUGUAACAUCAAACGUAUGGAGCGUCUCCGAAAAGAGACCAAUGUCUGAAGACUUUCAGCCUGUUCAAUGACUUUUACUGGAAAUUAUGUUCGUGCGUGUGUGUGCGAGAAGAAACAAGACAUACUACAGGAAAUGUUUCUGAUUUUAUUCAGCUUGCUUUUGUUAAAAUUCAUGUUUGGAUACAUAAAAAGUUAUUUAAAAAUGUCAAACUGACCAGAUAUCAAAUUACUUUAAAAACCAUUUGGUGUAAAAACUUAAGACCGAUUUAGAAAAACGUCUGCUGUUUCCCCAAAACUUUUAGCUGUUACAUAAAAAUAAUGGAAAGAAAACAGGUCUGCAUAGAGUCUGCAGGCAAAUCGGUGGUAAUCUGGUCGAAAUGCAUUUUUGCAAGCUUAGACAAUCGACAAGUCUAUCUGUUUCUUAUUGCUCAGAUCUUGGAUGUUUCUUCUUUAAAAAAAACUGCAAAGACAGAGAGGAAGAGAGAGAGAGAAGUGUUAGCAGGUGGUAAAGACCAGCAUUCCUCAGAAGCAAAACACACUGCAUCAUCAUCAUCAAACCUUUAAUCAUUGAUAAAUAUCAACACCACUGAAAAUCUUACAAAAAAAAUUCAGAUUGAUCCUAAAAUAAGCGCAACAACUUUCCUUUGGAAGGAGGUUUAUAAGCAUUGCUUUAAUCAAAUGACACGUGAUAUACAGAAAGCGAACAAGCACCGACCCGGCUAGAUGGUGCGGAUGGUGAAGCCGGUGACGGUUAAUCGGCACCGCCCUCUUGGGCUUCGGGAGCGGCCGACUUGUCAGCUGAUGCGUCGGCUGCUUUGUUGUCCUUGCCGUCCUGAGGCUUGCCGUUCUGGGGUCGUCUGCGGC